AUGUCCUGCAAAGUUGGUCCACUCUCCACCACUCCAACGGCCAAGAGUCGAUGCUCCUCCAUCAUCAACGUUCACUUCAACAGCAGCGACAGCAGCACCAAUGCGUCCUUUCACGUGCUCAUCAUGUCCGCCCUGAGCUAUACAUACGCGUUUAUCCAGCUCAUGGCAUUCGAGGCUACCUGA